GUCCCAGCUGACGAGGGGUUGGUUUAAGAGUACAGUGUCAUUCAAACUAAGGCCAUCAGAAGAAGAAAAAAAAACGUCCCUUUUUUUCCGUAGCGUGAUUUCCGGCCCUUUCCGACACAUAUUCGAUGCUUCGGCUGCGCAGGCAGACACCGUCCUGAAAAAGGGGCGGAAAGGUCCUUGGAAGAGCCCGCAGGAGUAGCGUCACAUACCCGCACUUCUAAAUGCAAUAAAACAUUACUAACGCCGGUGAAAAUAAAAACACGGUGAGCGUCAGCAAGUUUUGGAAAUCCUUCUUGACUUUCCCCCUUUUUAAAGGUUAGUGUGAAUAAGUCCACCCCUGCUGGCACACCAUGGUUCUCUCAGAUGUUUUCUUCCUGGCACUGUGUGUUGCCCACCUUCCUGUUUCUACGUUCACCCUGCCCUUCGAGCAGAAGGUGUUCAUGGACUUCGGCAUGGAUGCUAACGAAGAAGGCCUGAUGAUGAGAGAUGUGGAGUACGGGUCGGCCAUGGAGGAGUUGCCCCCAGUUGAACCAACCUGUCCAUUUGGCUGCAGUUGUGUGAAUAUGGUGGUUCAGUGCUCCGAUCUGCAUCUAUAUUAUGUGCCAAUGGAAAUCCCUCGUGACACAAAGCUACUGGAUCUGCAGAACAAUGUGAUUUCAGAACUGGGGGAGAACGACUUCAAGGGCCUAAGCAACCUUGAUACUUUGGUGCUGGUGAAUAACCAGAUCGCUCGGAUUCAUCCGCGGGCUUUCCUGCCUUUGCACAAUGUGCAGAAGCUGUACAUUUCUCACAACCUGCUCACUGCCAUUCCAAAGAACUUGCCCUCCAGUCUGUUGGAACUGCGCAUAAAUGAGAACCGCAUCAAGAGGGUGCCCCAAGGGGCCUUCGCUGGACUGAACAAAAUGAACUCCAUCGAAAUGGGACAAAACCCAAUUCAGAGCAGUGGGUUUGAACAUGGAGCUUUUCACGGACUCACGCUCAACUACCUUCGCAUCUCUGACGCCAAGCUCACUGCAAUUCCAAAAAACCUUCCUGAGAGUUUACAGGAGCUUCAUCUGGAGAAUAACCUGAUUCAAGCCAUAGAACCAUAUGACCUGAGUCACUACAGCAACCUGGUUAGAUUGGGGCUGGGUCACAACCGCAUUCGCACUAUUGAUCAUGGAAGUCUGGUAUACCUGUACAACCUGAGAGAGCUGCACCUGAAUAACAACCGCCUCUCAGGGGUUCCUACAGGACUACCUUACAUGCCAAAUCUGCAGGUGGUCUACUUGCAUGGCAACAAUAUAAGCAAGAUUGAGGUGAAUGACUUCUGUUCUGAUAGCUCUGGUGUUAUGACAACCUCUUACAGCGGCAUCAGUCUCUUUUCCAAUCCAGUGAAAUACUGGGAAGUUGAUCCUUCGGCCUUCCGCUGUGUCAACAAUGCAAUGGGUGUACAGUUUGGAAACGCCAGGAAGUAGAGGAAGAAGAGAUGG